CGGCUUCACCGUCGUUGUGACUCUUUCUUUCCCUCUCCAGGCGUGAUAUACGCUCAGACCAGCGUGAACGGUGAAUCAGGCGCACGGUACCACAAAAACUGCCCGCAUCUUCCAGCGCCUCCACCCUCCACCCUCCGCCUCUCCACCACAUCUCACCACCCACCUCGCACCCAACCCACUGCGGCGAUACCUUGCACGCCGAACUAUCAUUCCAGGCGUGAAGAGACUGUUUGCGAGAGGCGUAGCAAGACACGCGCCAAAACCACUACCACCACAGCCCACCAUGGCCAACAUGAUGCCGCCCGUCCCCGCAAAGGACGACGUGAACGCCACAUGGAAGUACCUCGAAGCGGGCGUCGAGAAGAUCAUGACCGACCUCCGCGGCGGCAUGGACAUGAAGACAUACAUGGGCCUGUACACUGCCAUCCACAACUUCUGCACAGCGCAAAAGGCCGUCGCGGGCUCGUCGUUUGCCGCGACGCACAACCGAGGCGGCGCGCACCUGCUCGGCGAGGACCUCUACCAACACCUGAUCGAGUACCUCAAGACGCAUCUCCAAGGCGUGCAGACCAAGUCGCGGGAACAUGUCGACGAGGCGCUGCUCACAUUCUACAUCAAGGAGUGGAACCGCUACACAACGGCAGGCACGUACAACAACCACCUGUUCCGCUACCUGAACCGGCAUUGGGUGAAGCGCGAGAUGGACGAGGGCAAGAAGCACAUCUACGACAUAUACACGCUGCAUCUGGUGCGCUGGAAGGAGGACAUGUUUGUCGGCACCCAGGAGAGCGUCAUGCGCUCCGUGCUCAAGCUCAUCGAGAAGCAGCGCAACGGCGAGACGAUUGAGCAGUCGCACAUCAAGUCGGUCGUCGACUCGUUUGUGUCGCUCGGUCUGGACGAGGCCGACAGCUCAAAGUCGACGCUGGAUGUCUACAAGGAGUUCUUCGAGACGCCCUUCCUGGCAGCCACCUCGGAAUACUACGAGAACGAGUCGAAGCAGUUUCUGGCCGAGAACAGCGUCGUCGAGUACAUGAAGAAGGCCGAGGCCCGCCUCGAAGAAGAGAAGGAACGCGUUCCACUUUACCUACUUGGCGAGAUCAUGUCCCCACUGAUGCGAUGCUGCGAGCAUGCACUGAUCACGGCCCACUCGCAAGCUCUCCGGGAAGAGUUCCAGAUUCUUCUUGAUAACGACAAGGAGGAAGACCUGGGCCGGAUGUACAAGCUCCUCGCCCGCAUUCCCGAAGGUCUGGAUCCUCUUCGCAACCGGUUCGAGGCCCAUGUACGAAAAGCAGGUCUGGCGGCGGUGGAGAAGAUUGCUCAGGAGGGGGAGAACCUGGAGCCGAAGCUGUACGUGAGCGCGCUUCUGGACGUGCACACCAAGUAUGCGGAUCUUGUGAACAAGGCUUUCAGCGGCGAGUCGGAGUUUGUCCGAUCUCUGGACAACGCGUGCAGGGAGUUUGUCAACCGGAACAAGAUCUGCAAGUCAGGGUCGAACAAGUCUCCAGAACUCCUCGCCAAGUACACGGAUACGUUGCUGAAGAAGUCGACCGUCAAGGGGUUAGAGGAGGAUGACAUGGAGAAGUCAUUGACGCAGAUUAUGACCGUCUUCAAGUAUAUUGAAGACAAGGACGUGUUCCAGAAGUUCUACUCGCGUAUGCUGGCCAAGCGUCUGGUACAGAGCACGUCUGCGUCCGACGACGCCGAGACCAGCAUGAUCUCCAAGCUGAAGGAGGCCUGCGGUUUCGAGUAUACCAACAAGCUCCAGCGCAUGUUCCAGGAUAUGCAAAUCUCAAAGGAUCUGAACACGGCCUACAAGGAUUGGUCAAACAACCUGGGCGCCGACGAGACAGACGCCAAGGCACAAGUCGACGCAUACUACCACAUUCUCGGUACCGGUUUCUGGCCACUGAACCCACCUACGACGCCAUUCACACCGCCUCAACAGAUUGUCAAGACGUAUGACCGCUUCGCCCGCUUUUACAACCACAAGCAUCAGGGACGUAAGCUGACAUGGUUGUGGCAAUUGUGCAAGGGUGAAAUGCGAGCCAACUACGCAAAGGUCCACGGGCUGAAGACCCCUCCAACACUCCAAGUCUCGACAUACCAAAUGGCCAUCCUGCUGCUCUUCAACGACAACGACACGGUCAGCUAUGAUGAGAUGGCAGAGGCUACCAAGCUCAACAAGGAGACGCUCGACCCUAGUCUCGGCGUGUGCAUCAAGGCCAAGGUGCUGCUCGCGGUGCCAGAAGGCGCCAAGGCAGAGUCGGGCACGUCGUACAAGGUCAACACGGGUCUGAAGGUCAAGAGGCCGAAGCUGAACCUGAACAUUGGUAUCAAGUCUGAGCAAAAGGCCGAGGCGGAAGACACGCACAAGACGAUUGAGGAGGAUCGGAAACUGCUCAUGCAGUCGGCCAUUGUCCGCAUCAUGAAGUCCCGCAAGAAGAUGAAGCACCAGCAACUCGUGUCGGAAACCAUCCAGCAGAUCAAGAACCGCUUCAUGCCGCGCAUCCCCGAUAUCAAGAAGUGCAUAGACAUCCUGCUCGAGAAGGAAUAUCUGGAGCGUCUAGAGGGCGACGAGCUCGGUUACCUUGCUUGAAGUGGAAACAUCAUGUGUGUGCGUGGUAAGUUCGACCGUCCCUUUUUUCUUUCUUUCUUUUCUCCACUUCACUUUUACUUUACUUGAGGGGGGUAAUGCUUGGGUUGGUGGGAUGUGUGGGCGAGAAAUUGGCGUUUGGGAUGGACGGACGGACGGAUGGGAUAUGAUGUGAUAAGGGAGGGUUUAUGAAAGGCUUUGUGAAAGGGGGAGGGGGGUGUGCUUCUUGUGAAAGGGGAAUGCUGUCUGUGCGUUCUAUGGACUCGGUCCUGUUUCCUUGUGGACGGAUAGCAUGGGAGUGAUGUGCGAGGGGAUGACUGCAUGGGUGAUGGAAGUGGAAGUAGAAGUGGUGGG